CUCAACGAGUGAACACGUCGUAUCGUGUUAGUGCGGUGAAAAUUCGAGUAUUUCGCGAGAAAGAAAGGAUUUUCAUCCGUACUUCGGUGACUCCACGUUGUCACAUAGCGAGGGUUUCACUUGUAGUCCAGUGAAAAGAAAGUCCAUUGGACUAUAAACGAAAGCUAACUGGCAAUAUAGCUAAAUCGCUGUGCCAUCAAUCGGCGUCAUCUCAAGUGAGGUGACGCCACCAGAAGUGAAGAAGAAGAAGAAAUCAUUUCACGACUUACAUUAAACAGUACUCUAUUUUCAAGUAAGUAGAACUGGUGAUCAGUACAGAAAAAAAUCCAUCACAGAACAAUGAAGACUGAAACGUGCUACCUAUUACUUGCGGCGAUAACUAUGAUAUUUACGGGCUUAGUAUCGGGUCAACAUCCAGCGGCUCGACCAAUCAGCAGCAAAGAGGUCAAAUGCCUUGUUUGUAAGGCAACGAUGAAUGAAAUGGAGUCGGCAGUGUCGAAGGUGGACCCUAAGAAAAAAAUUGAUGUUGGUGACUACCGAUUAGAUGCGACAGGGGACUCUAAAAAAAAGAAAACUAUCCUAUAUGCCAAAUCCGAGAUGUAUCUAACAGAGCUCAUGGAAACGGUGUGCGACCGAAUGGACGACUAUGCCAAAGCUCGAUAUAAGAAGAACGGCCGGCCGGUUGUACUGAAAAUGAUGACGGACUUUGGUAUGAACCCGGAGAUGUCGGAGGUGGAUUUUGUUCAGGAAGGCGAUUUGAACAAGAGUCUGAAGCACCUUUGUCUGGAGAUUGUGGAAGACUAUGAGGAGAAUAUUUUGAAGAUGUUUCAGCAAGAGGAUGAGGUGAAGGAUACCGACGUAAGACUGUGCUCGGAAGCCGCCAAUAUUUGCCACGAACAACCCAUCGAGGAUGAUUACGAGUACGAAGGGGACGAUGACAGGGACGAGCUGUGAAUAGUUGAACUGAUUCAUACUGGACAAGAAUUUAUUUAGUUAUUAGAAUCGAAGCGCUUACUGUUCAAAACUAGCUAUUCGUAAAUGGAGGAGGAAAAUAAAUAUUUUUUUCUGUGAA